CCAUCCGAAGCAGAGCCCUGGAUGCAUUCAACAAGCUUCCCAGCCCAGCUCUGAUUCCAGCCAACAUCUGUCAACAUGGAGACAUCUUUGGUCAUCUGCCUUCUGACAGCUUCCAUUACUCUGGUUUUUGCAAAGUCUCGGGAAUGUAUCGUUUGUCAAUCAAGUGGAAAGGACUGCCAAGGGGAUAAGAAAGAGUGCUCUGCUCCGGGAGACAAAUGUGGCAUCACUUCGAUGGAACAGAUUUUGGGGUCAACCAGCAACGCCGUGAAUAAGAGCUGCAUCCCUCCAAAGGACUGUGACAAGGGCUUGGCUGUUCUGGACUUGGGCAACAACCAGCUCAUCAGAGGCUUCGUUUUCUGCUGCAAGGAUGAUCAAUGCGCCAACCCUCCCAGCUGGCCCCCCAGAAAAACUGUAACUACCAACAACAAGAGAUGCCCGGCUUGCUACACACAGCCAAAGGAACAGAGUGGAUGCGAGGCGAAGGUGAUUAAUUGUACCGGAGAGGAUGAGACAUAUUGUGCAGAAGUCUUUCUUCAGAAGAAAGAAGGAGGAAAAACUAUGACUACCACCAUGAAAGGAUGCGCCAAUAAGGCUUUCUGUGAGAAGUUGGAGAUUCUAACCAUUAAGAGCCAAUUUACUCUACUCCCCAAUAGCAAUUGUAACAAUGCCGCCGGGGCAGUUAGCUCCACAACUGGAUUACUUGGACUCUUCCUCUUGGCCCAAGCUGGGCUCAUCUUUUCUUGAUAUGUCCCCAAUGUUAGG